GAUGGCGCCGCGAAUGGCAGCCUCGGUGCUUCGCUCUCAAGUGCUCGUGUUGUUUUUGUUAGUUUUUCCUGUUUUUUGUUUAUCAAACACCAUCGUUUUUACCAGGGAUGAACUGCUGAACAUUCGGCAGACCACUCCGCAAAAUAUUUCACCGGUCUUUGAUUAUUCCGACGUCUUGUUGAACAUCGUAGUUAGCGGAGCAGCGGUGCUGGUCAAAAGCCUAAGGCCGCGCAGACGGGGGAAACGGGCCGGCGCGCUUGUGAAACUCAGACAACGUGGACUCCGAACGCCGUUGCCCAGCAUUCACCUGGCGAACCUCCGCUCUCUACCCAACAAAAUGGACGAACUUCUUCUGCUUAGAGCGGAUCGCGUCGCAGAAUUAACGGGGAAAUCGCGCGGCGGCGGGACGUGCUUUUACAUCAAUGAAAGGUGGUGUACAGAUGUAACUGUGUUAAAGAAGAUGUGUUGCGCCGAUGUAGAAGCACUCUUCAUUAACUGCAAGCCUUUCUACUCGCCGCGGGAGUUUUGCUCGUUUAUUCUGGUGUGUGUUUACAUCCCUCCGCAAGCGCACGUGAGUCUGGCUUUACAAAAACUCGCCGAUCUGAUCACAGAGACUGAGCAACAACACCCGGACUCUGUUUUAAUCAUUCUUGGGGACUUUAAUAAAGCCAACCUCUCAUGUACGAGGAAGAUGGCGGCAUAG